AUGGCUCUCAUUAACAAUAAUCAAGAUUCCAAUAACUCAAAUCUCCAUCUUGUUCUAGGCUUAUCCUUAACUACUCCAAAGGAAACAACCACUACCACAACCACCGCCACCACCGCCGCGAAUCCCUACUAUUCCUCCUCCAACGAGCCAUCCCUAACGUUGGCACUCUCCGGCGAGAGCUAUAAACAACCUCUCAAAAAUAAAACCUAUGGCGAAGAGCUUUGUAGACAAACUUCCUCGCCUCACAGCGUUACUGUUUCGUCGUUCUCAAAUGGGAGAAUACUGCACGUGAAAAGGGAGAGAGACGAAGAAGAAGACAUAGUAGAAGAAGAAGAGAGAGUUUCUUCUAGAAUAAUCAGCGACGAAGAUGAAGAUGGAACAAACACUAGAAAGAAACUUAGACUCACCAAAGAACAAUCACUAUUACUGGAAGAAAGCUUCAAAUUACACAGCACUCUCAAUCCUAAACAAAAACAAGCUUUAGCGAAACAAUUGAGUCUAAGGCCACGACAAGUUGAAGUGUGGUUCCAGAAUCGGAGAGCCAGAACAAAGUUGAAACAAACAGAGGUAGACUGUGAGUUUUUGAAGAAAUGUUGUGAAACAUUAACAGAAGAAAACAGGAGACUAAAGAAGGAGCUUCAAGAGCUGAAAACAUUGAAACUAUCGGCACAGCCUUUAUACAUGCCUAUGCCGGCCGCUACUCUGUCCAUUUGCCCUUCCUGCGACCGGCUCGGCGGCCGUGUUGCAGAAGGCGGUGGAUCAAAUAAGAAGAUCAUCACUGCUUUUACUAUGGCUCCUAAUUCUCACUUUUAUAAUCCUUUCAACAAUCCUUCUGCUGCAUGUUAA